AUAUAUAGCACGAGACUUCAUGGAACCUUAAGGAAGAUAUCAGGACCCGUCUUAUUAAUAUUAAGAAGUCCUGACUCCACCUGUUUCUAAUUCGUUAUGCAAAAGAAACCUCUUAGUACUUUCCAAGAAAUUUACAAGAUAAUGUCAGGCAUUGACCUCUACUUACAAAGUCUUCAUGUCUGUCAUCUUAAAUAAUUUGGUUGGGUUUCUAGCUAGCCCCAACAACUAAAAAAACUUGCUCGUAAGUAAAUCUACGGAGUUUGAGAGAUAAGUGGGUAAAGCUAUUUCUUGUUGGAUAGCAAAAUCCCCAAGUAACCUUUGGAGAGGGUAUUUCCAGUUGAAAUUACUGCUCUCCUUACUAUCUAUUUGUCUUGAUCGAAGUUUGGAAUUGAAACAAACUCAAGUUCGUAAAAAUCGGUAAUGGUUAUAGUAGGGGAGUUUGUAGGGGGUGCUGUUCUUGGAGCAGCAUUUGGGGUGUUGUUUGAUGUCGUCAAGAAAGCAGUUGACAAGCCUACUGCCUUUAAAUCCCUCCUUGAGAACAUCAAGUUUUCUCUGGAGUUUCUAAAGCCGGUGAUUGAGAAGAUAGGAGAGCAUAACGUGGAAUUGGGUCUCCCAGAUGAAGAAAUAAAGCAUCUUAUAACAGAAAUGAAGGAGGGCGUAAAGCUUGUCCAGAAGUCAUCAAAAGUCAGUAAGUGGAACUGCAUGAAGUCUUAUUACACGGAUCAACUUAUUGAAUUGGAUGGUGCUCUUAAAAGACUGUUCCAUAUAUUGAUGGUACAAGGAGUAAGGGAUGCGAAGGAGACCUUGAUUUUGGCCAGAAAACACCAAGACCAACUUAUUGAAACGGCAAAAGAUGCAAAGGAGACACUUGUUUUGGCACAAAAGAAUACUAGCCAGCUUACUGAAUCGGUAAAGGAUGGGAAGGAGACCAUAGAAUUGGCAAGAAAAAACGCUGACCAAUCAGCAAAAGAUGGGAAGGAGACCUUGGUUUUGGCUAGGAAAACUAGAAGGUUGCUUAAGCGAAUUGAACGACUGGUGACUUGCACUUCCAAAGUGAAAUUUAAACCCGCGACCUCCACGGUGUUAGUUACACCAAUUAACAAACAGGUCACGGCUCACAACGGGAACAAAAUUCCCAAAGCGAGCAGAAGGGCAGGGAGAAGUCGAGUUUUGGAGGCAUCCAACUUAAUAGUCUACCGUUUUGCCGAGUUGGUCAAUGCUACUGAGAAUUUCAAGUCUAGUGAGGGAGACUUUGCGGGGACUUUCAAGGGUUGGGUGGAUGAGAAUACGCUUGCACCUUCUAAGGUUGGCACUGGAAUGGCCGUUGCUGUCAAGAGAUUGAACCCAGAUAGUGUCAGAGGCUUUAAACAGUGGCAGCUCUCAGACUUCCUCGGAAGGCUUUCUCACCCCAACAUUGUCAAGCCAUUGGGAUACUGUCUUAAGAAUAAGGAGUUGCUCUUAGUUUAUGAGUUCAUGCCGAAUGGAAGCUUAUAUAAUCAUCUGUCUAGAAGGAACCCUGAUGAGAAACCCCUAUGUUGGGAUAACAGACUCAGAAUCGCUAUUGGAGCUGCUCGAGUCUUGACUUUGUUGCACAUGUUACAAAUCAUACACAGAAAUGUCAAACCCUCAAAGAUAUUGCUUGAUGAGGAUUACAAUACAAAAAUCAUGGAUUUUUCCCUGUCACAAUGGGCGCCAGCUGAUGGAAAGUUACAUGUCUCAACAAUGAUUUGUGGCACACCCGGUUAUGCUGAUCCAGACUACGUGAGAACAGGUCAUUUGUCUGUGAAGAGUGAUGUGUAUAGCUUCGGUGUUGUGCUGCUUGAGAUUCUGACAGGGUUAAGGUUAUUCGAUGUUAGCCGCCCUGAGGAACAAAUCUAUUUGACUGACUGGGCUACACCAUUUCUCGGUAAUAAAACACCACUUCUCUGUGAUGAAACAAAGUUGCAAACCAUCAUGGAUGAGCAGAUUAAGGGCCAAUAUUCUUCCCAGCAAGCAUUACAGACCGCGCAGCUUACUCUAAGAUGUUUAGAAAUGGAUCCUGAGAGACGACCUUUCAUGAAAGAAGUUGUGGAGGAAUUAGAACACAUUCGGGGAUUGAAGGAAAAACCAAACCAGUCCGAGCUUAGCACCAUGCAAUCUUCUUCUAGUUCUCAAUGAUGAUUCUUUUUUUAUGUUUUGAAAUUCUUAGUGAUGUGUCUAGUAGCCUAUAUAGUAUAUACGCUGUUUCUCACUUCGCCAUAUGUCCAAGCAAUGAGCUUAUACACCUCACACGAGGAUCCUAGUGAUCUUAUUUAUUAGACACUGAAUUUAGACGGUUUAAACAAUUAUUA